AUGUCAUCUCUCUCGAGGUUGCUUUCCCGCUCAAGUGACAAGCUGAGCGCCCAGACCACGGCAACGACCGUGAUUGAGCUUCGCGAGGAUGUAGGCUUCUAUGGUGAAAGAUACAAGCAAAUCGACGAGUGUACAGGAAAUGAGACUGAAGAGUCUCUUUGUCUCAUUCCCAUGCCCACGGCAGAUCCAAGAGAUCCUCUGAACUUGCCCACAUGGCGAAAGAUGGCAGCCCUUGGCUCUCUCUGCCUGUUUGGGGCCAUGGCAGCCGCUGCUGAGCUGGUUCUCGGCGCCAUGCUACCCGUCUUUAGUUUCGAGUAUGCCGGUAUUGAUCCCAAGCUACUGACCAAGGUUCAUUUGCCCGAGGGCAUCAACGCGCUCACGAUCCUUUCCGAGUUUCCCGGACCGCCAAUCUGGAAGAUUUACCUGCUGGCAUCCCUUCCCAUCUUGAUGAUGGGCGCGACCAAUUUCAUUCUCAUCCCGCUUGCCAUUGCCACCGGUCGGCGAAAUGUCCUGCUCGUCACUGGCGUCGUCGCGAUUGCAGGCUGCGUGGGAUCUGGAUUCAGUACUUCCCUGGCAACGCACCUUGUCUGCCGUGUCAUUCAAGCCGUCGGCGCGGGCACAAUUGAAAGCCUCAUCCCGUUUAUUCUGCAGGACAUCAUCUUUUACCACCAGCGCAACGCUGCCAUAAGCGUCGUCUUUGCCACUCAGGGUCUCAUUAUUGUUGCUCUUGGAGUAGCCUCGCCAUACAUUAUUGGCCACGCUAGCUGGAGAGUCAUUUACUUUGCAACUGCGGCCGCCGGUCUACUGUUUUGGGUCUGCCUAUUUUUCUUCUUGCCCGAGACCAAGUUUGAUCGUUCAGAAAAUGAAAAAAAUGGGAUCCCGGUCGUACCUCUUCGACCCGGUCAGAAUCGCCCUGAUAUUGACCACGUCAGCUACCCUCCCCGCCGCUUCAAGGACGACAUUAAGCUAUUUCAAUGCAAGGUUGAUUGGCCAAGUGGUAUUGAUGCUCUCUUGGCCUGCUUUCGCACAUUCUUCUACCCCCACAUGCUUUUCGUCACGCUGCUCAACUCGGCCGUCAUUGCAAUGGCACUUGCUGCCGGAUAUACAACAGCACCGCAACUACUUGCUGCCCCUUGGAGCUGGAACUUUUACCAUCUCGGCUUCUGUCUAUUCCCGCUCGUUGUUGCGGCGGGCGCUUCCUUUUUAAUAUCCGGCUGGGGUGCUGAUCAGGUUGCCAACUGGUUGGCACGACGAAACGGCAAGCGAAACCCCGAGUUCCAAGCCCUCAACCUGAUUAUCCCUUGUCUUGCCGGUUUGAUAGGAUGCAUUGUCUUUGCCAUUUCGGGCGACAACCCUGCCAAAUACCACUGGAUGCUAUUCCUUCUUGGUCUUGGGAUGAUUGCAUUCGCUUUCCUUGCCACAAAUACAAUCGGCAUCGUCUAUGUUCUCGAGUCGUACCCUCACCUCACUGGGCCAGCACUGGUCAACAUUGCAUCUUUCCGUCUCAUCGUGGCCUUUGUGCUCUCUUUUCGUGUGUCAGAGUGGGUUGCAGAACUCGGAUACCUCAAGACAUUCAUCAUGUAUGCUGGAAUCCUGGGCGCUUUUAUCCUGUUCAUACCAAUCAUUUACACCUGGGGGCCCAGCUGGAGGACUCGUUGGCCCGCACUGCCCAAAAAUUAA